CUCAGAUGACGUGCAACGUGUGCGACCCUGCCGUCAACAUGCGGGAUGGAUGGCGGUGUUGACUGUAGCCAACGUGUGACAUGAGAAAUAAGUAGUAUACGCCGCCUGUACUCUCUACAUCACUUCUUUUUUGGGCCAUUUCUCACGGGCAAGAUGGCAAAUACCAACCUUCAGUUCAAAACCAAUUAUGCUGUUUCCAGCAAGAUCGAGCCAUUUUACAAAGGGGGAAAAGUGCAGAUCAGCAAAGAUGAGAAAUACAUCUUUUGCACCUGUGGCUCUCGAGUCAAUGUUUUGGAGAUCAGCACUGGGAAGAUCAUUCACUGUGUUGAGCAUGAUGAUCAAGAGGACAUCACGUCAUUUGCUCUCAGCUGUGAUGAUGAGAUGCUGGUAACAGCCAGCCGGGCGCUGCUGCUUAAGCAGUGGGAUUGGAGGCAGGCUAACUGCAGUCGGUCCUGGAGGGCUAUUCACACUGUCCCCGUAGCUAGUAUGACCUUUGACUCCACCUCUACUCUCCUAGCCACAGGUGGCUGUGAUGGCACAAUAAAACUUUGGGAUGUGGUGAAGCAGUAUUGCACUCAUAACCUGAAAGGGUCAUCUGGUGUUGUACAUUUGGUCCAGUUCCACCCAAAUACCGACCUGCUGCAGCUUUUCUCCUCCUCUUUGGACUGUGGCAUCCGGAUAUGGGACCUGCGCUCCAGCCAGUGUGUGUGUGUCCUGCAGAGCCACUACAGUGCUGUGACAUCUCUUAGCUUCAGUCCCGAUGGUAACGCCAUGGUCAGUUCUGGCAGAGACAAGAUCUGCACAGUUUGGGACCUGAAAACUCGCAAAGCCAAGAGAACUGUUCCAGUCUAUGAGGCUGUGGAGGGUGUUGCAAUUCUUCCUGGAAGUACAGACUUGGCUGAGAUCGGAGUAAAGAGCAAGGACUUGCAUUUCAUCACAGCUGGAAGCAAAGGUGUAUUAAGGGUGUGGGAGGCCAGCACGGCACGUUGUGUCUACACGCAGACCCUUCCCUCCACCCUCCCCUCUGCCUCUGAGGAGGAUGAGAACGACAACCCCCGCAGUCUGACAUACCUGUUUCACCUGCCCGCCUCAGCUAGACUGGCCACAGUCACUGCAGAGCACAACAUACUGCUGUAUCAACUGCCUGCUCUCACCACACAGCAGCAAUUUGUGGGCUACAGUGACGAGGUGCUGGACGUGAAGUUUCUGGGAAAAGGUGACAGUCACAUCGUGGUGGCCACCAACAGCUGCCAGCUGAAGGUUUUUGAGCUGCUCACCAACAGCUGCCAGAUCCUCUAUGGACACACAGAUACGGUCCUCACACUGGAUGUGUUCAAAAAAGGAUCUCUCUUUGCAAGUUGUGCAAAGGACAGGUCAGUGCGUGUGUGGCAUAUGGACAGUGACAGUGGUCAGGUGCGAUGUGUGGCCCAGGGCUCCGGCCACACCAACGCUGUGGGCUCCAUCUCCUGCUCCAGGAUGAAGGCAUCAUUCGUUGCGACUGGUAGUCAGGACUGUACCGUGAAGGUGUGGGAUCUACCUGCAGACUGCUCUGCAGAAGGAGGCAUCCAUCAGCUAACUGCCCGCGCCACAGAGAAAGCACAUGAUAAGGAUGUAAACAGUGUUGCCGUAUCACCCAAUGACAAGCUGCUGGCUUCAGGUUCCCAGGAUCGCACAGCCAAGCUGUGGUCCUUGACGGGGGAGGGAACGGUGAGCCUGCUGGGGGUGUUUCGGGGCCACCGUCGUGGCGUCUGGGCCGUUUGCUUCUCUCCAGUGGACCAAGUGCUGGCCACCACCUCUGCAGACGGCACAGCCAAGCUGUGGAGCCUGCAAGACUUCAGCUGCCUCAAGACAUUUGAGGGCCACGAUGCAUCGGUUCUUAAGGUCAUCUUUGUGAGCCGAGGCACUCAGCUGCUCACCAGUGGCUCCGAUGGUUUAGUGAAGCUGUGGACCAUCAAGACCAAUGAGUGUGUGAAGACACUGGAUGCCCACCAGGACAAAGUGUGGGGUCUCCACGCCAGUCGCAAGGAUGACAAGAUGGUUACUGGCUCAGCAGACUCUAACAUCACCGUGUGGUCGGAUGUGACUGAAAUAGAGCUGGCAGAGGAGCAGGCGAAACAGGAAGAUCAGAUACUCAAGCAGCAAGAGCUGUCCAAUCUGCUCCACGGGAAGAAAUAUCUGAAGGCCUUGGGUCUCGCCAUCUCACUGGACCAGCCUCACACCGUGCUCACUGUUAUCAAAGCGAUCCGUGAAGGAGAGAAUAGCUCCGAGCUGUUGGAAAAGACGCUGCUGAAGCUUCGACAGGAUCAAAAAGAGUCACUUCUGCGCUAUUGUGUGGUGUGGAACGCCAACGCCAGGAACUGCCUGAAUGCCCAGGCUGUCCUACAGGUGCUCCUCACACACCUGCCCCCCGAAGAGCUGCUGCAGUACCAGGGAGCCCGAUCACACCUUGAGGGCCUCAUUCCAUACACAGAGAGACACAUGCAGAGGAUUGGGCGUCUGCUGCAGGCCUCCAUGUUCUUGAACUACAUGUGGCAGAAAAUGAGAGUGGCCGGAGCGCCGUCCAGUACGGGCCAAGAUGAAGACAUGGAUACGACACCUCUGGCACAGGCUCAGCCUUUCUUUGUGAUCGACAAGGAGAAAAAGAGCGGCAGCUACGAGAGACGAGACGAAGGCAACGACAGCGACGGUGAACAAGACGAAGAUCCAGAUUCCUGUGUUGAAGAUGAAGAGGAGCUCGAGGAUGUCAGUGCCACCAACAAAGCCUCCACCGACAACGGGCGAGUAGAAAACGAAGCAAGCCACAAAACUAACGGCAAGCACCACUCUGAGAGCGAGGAGAGCUCUGAAGAGGAAGACCAGGAGGAGGAAACGACAGUUAAAAAGACAAAAGGUCUCCCGGUUUCUUCGGCUCAACAGUGCCAGACUUUUGCCAGCUGACAGGAAUCAGUUUGGAAACAAUAGGUUUUCUUAUCUCAGAUUAUUGGCAGCUGGAGACAGUUCAGAUGUGAAAUGAUAACAUUUGUUAGGACGGCUUCUCUACAGACUUUGAGUCAUGUGCCAAAGCAUCAGCUCCUCCAUGCAGAUUUUAAUGACCCUGACUUCUUCAGACAAAAAAGAGGAAAAGGGGACGCGCAGGAGGAGGAAACCUGGACCAUCUUCACACUCACCACAUGCCAUUGUGUUGUUCUGCAGUAGUGCAAUGUCCUGAUCUACCAGCUCAACUAAAUGAACACACUUUUAUGUAACCCAGACAGCAGUUUCCUCAUAUAACCGUGGAGUAUUUUGUUUUCUCUGCAAAUGUUAAUAAAAUAAACAAUGUUUGAUUUAAAAGGAGUCACAUUUUUAUUCAAAUAAAAUA